UUUGUAUUGAACACAAAAAGUAAACACAAGAACAAGAGAUCCAUUGAAAAGACAAUUAAUAAUUGUUUGAAUCGUUGGAUGCAAUGGAAACGGAGGACUCUUUCGGUCCGUUGUCACCGACCAAUCCGUUUGCCGACAAACUGGCCAUGGAUUUGGCCGAAGACGACGACAACGAGACUGUCAUCGACUCGGACUUCGGCGACGAAGACAUCGACCAA